GCGCGCAACGUCGUCCCCGGCGGCGUCUCCAGGCUCCUCCGUGCCUCGGCGGGUCCGGGUGCGGGCGCCGAGAUGCGAGGCCUCCUCGGCCUCUUGCUGGUCUUCGCCGGCUGCACCUUCGCCCUGUACUUGCUGUCGACGCGACUGCCCCGCGGGCCGACACUGGGCUCCGCCGAGGAAACUGGAGGCAGGUCACUGUGGUUCCCCUCAGACCUGGCCGAGCUGCGGGAGCUCUCCGAGGUCCUUCGAGAGUACCGGAAGGAGCACCAGGCCUAUGUGUUCCUGCUCUUCUGCAGUGCCUACCUCUACAAACAGGGCUUUGCCAUCCCUGGCUCCAGCUUCCUGAACGUUUUAGCUGGUGCUUUGUUUGGGCCAUGGCUGGGGCUCCUGCUGUGCUGUGUGCUGACAUCGGUGGGUGCCACAUGCUGCUACCUGCUCUCCAGUAUUUUUGGCAAACAGCUGGUGGUCUCCUACUUUCCUGAUAAAGUGGCCCUGCUGCAGAGGAAGGUGGAGGAGAACAGAAACAGCUUGUUUUUUUUCUUACUGUUUUUGAGACUUUUCCCCAUGACGCCAAACUGGUUCUUGAACCUCUCAGCCCCGAUUCUGAACAUCCCCAUUGUGCAGUUCUUCUUCUCUGUUCUUAUUGGUUUGAUCCCAUACAACUUCAUCUGUGUGCAGACAGGCUCCAUCUUGUCAACACUUACCUCUCUGGAUGCUCUUUUCUCCUGGGGAACUGUCUUGAAGCUGUUGGCCAUUGCCCUGGUGGCCUUAGUGCCUGGAACCCUCAUUAAAAAAUUUAGUCAGAAAGACCUGCAUUUGAAGGAAACAAGCAAUGCUAAUCAUCUAAAUAGUAGAAAGGACACGUGAUCUGGAUUUUUUUGGUUGCCACGUCCCUGGACUCUGUUGCCUGUUUGUGAAAUGAGUGUGGUCCUCUAAAGCCCCUCAUUGUUUUUUAAAUAUUCUCAACAGGUGAUUUGGGCAUUAUUCAUCUGUGUGCAGUGUCCUGUCAUAAAGGAUACUCUGCUCUAGAAGAUGAAUUAUAUCAGGUUCUCAAACCAGUCCUGAUUUAGGAGGAUACUCUGCAAAAUGGAUGGCCUUCUAGAAAUCCUGUUUAUAUUUUAUCGAAUAACGAGGAACUCAGGAGAGUCUGUUGUAUUUGCCUCUCACCAAGCCCUGAGCUGCCUCAGGAGAGGAUGCUGAUUGUCCUUGUCCAGAAUGCCACAUCUGCAAAUGAGAGGCUGUUGUGAUAGGUGUUCUCCUCUUAAGUCCCUGGUGGAUGUUAGUAGUGUAAAUGAUGACAUGUGAACCCACAUCACUGACAUCACUCAUCUUGUUAGUCUCUUGAAGAGUGUUUCUUUGUACUUUUUUGCUGAUGACCUACCUCUUUCGUAAACCAAGGGGAACAAGUGAUGCACUGCAUAGAACUUCCACGUACAGCUCAAAUGCACAGUGACUUCUGUGAUGCUCUUUUUGUUCAGACACACUGAUGUUACUAUAUAUGUCAAAUCUCCUUUUUUGCAUGUCCUGACAAUUAAGCUGAUUGCAAACAGACUAUUAAAUAUGAAUGGAGAAAACUGUAUGUUAUGGAUAUGUUCUGGAGAAAUUCUUACCCAUCUGGACAGGGCAGGGCCAGGCCCUUGACUCACCUGAAC